AUCAGACGUUCAUCACAUUUCUCUCAUUUUACACACGAAACAAUUGAACCUUAAUAACCACAUAAUCACCAUGGACAAACUCUCCGGUCUCGCCUCGAAGCUCAGCGGUGGCAACAAGUCCGGCGGUGACGCGCAGGCCUCGGGGUCCAGCGGAAACCAGGGUCAGGAGGAUUACCUUGAUAAGGGUCUCGACUCGGUCGAACAGAAGUUCGGUGGUGGCAAGAUCGAUCCUCAGAAGAUGCGCUCCACAAAUGAGAAAAUCACGGAUACGGCCAGGAAUCAGUUUGAGAGUGCUACCGGAAAGAAAGUCCCCGAGAAGUUCUCCAAUUAGUUUCACUACAUGAGAAAGUGAAGUAUUAGAUAAUAGUUUAAGGAUAAUGAAAUUUAAUGAACCUCG